AUGGCAUGUACAGAUACGUAUUUUUAUUUUGCCAUCUUGUUGGCUAUCCUUGGCCGAUGUGAUGGUCGGCCUGAUGGCGUUAAAGGAUGUGGUACUUUGGAGGCUAGUUUUGUCCCUAUUCAUGGUAACUCAAGUCAGAAUAAUAGCCUCCCUAUUUAUAUAAGAGCUGACAGAAACCAUUCUGAUUGGUCAGUGUUUAUAUGGACAAAAGAAACAUUCUUUAAGGGCUUCUACCUUCGGGUGUUCUCGGUCGUUGACGGGGAGACUGUGUCGGGAAACUUUCACGAGAUGCCACCAGGAACUCGGGCUUGUUCCUCAAUUGAUGCUUGUCACACUACCAGCACGAUGAAUCAUACAUAUUUGGCAUUUAUGUGGAAACCCCAUUCAAGCUUUCACGGAAAUGUAUACUUUAAAGCAUCAGUUGUCGUAAGCUACACACAAGGCUACAAAAUAAUGACGACUCUAAAGGGAGGUAAUUCUACAACAGUCACAGAGAAGGAUCAGGGUACCACAAUAUUAGAACGAUUUAAAGAGUGUGGUUCAUCCAUUGGAUGUCUAUCAAAAUGUAAUUCUGGAUCGUGUUCACAUUUAGUCACGUGGAAAAAACGCGGGGAUUUUGUUCGAUUUGAAUUUAUGGCAGAUACGGAAGAACUCAACAAAGAUUUAUACCUUUCAAUAGGAUUUUCAAACGAUGAAUGGAUGGGUGAUGAUUAUGUAAUGGCUUGCAAAGUCCACCAGGGAGAUGUGACUUUUGAAUUAGGGACUAAUGUACCCAGCAAAAAAGUGUACAAUCCCAACAUUGACGUACAUGUAAAUUCAGAUGAUGUUAUUGUGUUGGAAACAUCACUGAUUGGAAGCAUGUUCAAAUGUGCUGUGGAGCAGAGGAUACUCAGUAAACACCCGAAGCUCUCUAGACUGGACCGGAAAUGGUACCUUUUACAUGCAAUUGGUUUGGUCACAGAAAAUGGUCUCCAUUAUCAUAGCGAAAGGAGUGUAAGUUCCGAAAUGGUGGACUUUCUGAGUACUUCAGUUGUAGCUGAAGAAAAUCCUUCUAGAGUCCUUCUCAAAUUGCAUGGAUCUUUAAUGAUGCUUGCCUGGUUGUUUUUCGCACCUGUUGGAAUAAUUUCUUCCAGGUUAUUCAGACAAAGUUGGGGUGAAUGGACCAUCUGUGGUCAGAAAGUAUGGUUCCAGAUUCACCGUUCAUGCAUGUUGCUUGUGUUUAUUUUCACAAUCACUGCUAUUGUUGUCAUAUUUGCCGAUGUCAAAGGAUUUAGCUAUAUCGAUAUAAGUGUUGACUAUCGAAACAUUCAUCCUAUACUGGGGAUUGCAGCAACUCUCUUGUGCAUUUUGAACCUACUGAUAUCCAUAUUCCGAUGUCCUCCAGAUGAUAGCAAGAGGGAAAUUUUUAACAGAAUUCAUGGAUUGUUUGGUCUCACCUCUUACUUAUUGGCAGUCCUCAACAUCGUGGUCGGAGCAAAGUUAGAUAGAAGUAUGUUUCCCUCAGAAGGAAAUUAUAUGAUAUAUGGCUGUCUGGCCAUGCUAUCUAUACUGGAACUUGUUUAUCAGCUUAAAAGGUUGCGACAGGAUUUUGGCAAUGGUACGUUCUCGCCUAAUUCUAAAAAGACAGAAAACAACAAUACAAAGAAGGUGCAUGUCAUGGAGACAGGUUUUUAUACACUUGUAACCCUCACAAUGGCUUCUUCUGUGUCUUUUGUUAUAUAUUUGCUGUUGACGUCUUAACAAUUAAAAGAACAUGGAGGCAUCAAAGCUAUUCGAUUCGAUGUUGGUCAGAUUGAAAAAAUACUUUAACUUAAUAUUGAUGCUGUUACUGUUAUAUCUAGUAAAUUACAUCUGUUGAAUAUUACUUCCUUUAUUUUUUAUUAAAACUAAUUCUUUUAAUAUAUAGACAAGCCAUCUUGAGCAGUUUCUAUUCAGUGAGACAUACUGUAACACACGAUAUUAAUAUUACAAUAUUUAAGAUACUGAAUCGUUAUUUA